AUGUCCAGUGCGGUGACGUACCUGCGCGACCAGGUGUCCGUGGCCAGCUGGUUUCAGCGGACAGACUCGCAAUUCCUCCGCGUCGACUGGAAAUGGGUCGCCAGGCACACCCUCAUCGAAAACCCAUUCGCACGCCCCCGAACUCCCUGGGUACGUCAGCUCUGCACUGAACUGCCGUCUCAGAAACGCCCGUGCCGUCGUCAGGACCAAAUAAAGGCUGAACGUUCCGCUGUUGAAAACGUCCUGAGGAUCGAGGAGGUGAGCUACUCGAGACAAUACCGACAGGGAAUGAUCCAGAAAAGCACCAUGAUGACUCUACUGGCUGCACUUCAAUACCGAUUCGACAAGAAAAUAUAUUUGGACUACGACAUGAUCGAACGCCUAAUUAAAAUUCCGGAUUGGGUCAAGUGGAUGAAGGAGGGCCUUUCGGUGUCGAACUUCGGCGAGGACAUGAUGAACGACAUGGAGCUGCUGCAGAGCGACCUAGAGAAGAACCUACAGGACCUCGCCAUCGAUCUGUUCGAGCACCAGUUCUACGAGCUCGUCAUCACUAGCACGACGCUCGCCUUCCUCGCUUUGCUCACGGGCACGCUGCUCAACACUAGGGCCCCCAACUUCACUCGCUUCGAGCGCAUCCUCGUUCUGGAGGGAACUUACAUCGGGCUCUUCACCGCCGAGAUCGCUUUCAUGAUAACAGCGUAUGGACACCGCUUCGUCCGCCUGGAUAACUACAACAAGCUGGACCUGGUCCUCUUGACCACCUGCGCCACCCAAUUCAUCACGCAACUCACCAUGCAUAUCACGCAACUUGAUUUUACGUUCCAAACCAUGAUGACCUGCUUCUUCAUCUUCGCCAUGUCCGUCAGGCUCGUUCAUUUGGUCAAGUACGUCCAGCUGCUCAAGGACGCAGUGGUGUACAUGAUGCACCGCUUUCUGGACAUGCUCAUCUACUCGGCCUACGAGACGAGCCUGGCCAUCAUCGUGGCCGAAGAAGAGGUGCAGCAGAACCUCUGGAAGUAUGUGGCCUCGCCCGACCUGGCUCUGGAGGCCCGCAGUCGGGCAGCCAACAACCGGCUCAUGGUGCUGCGCAACCUGGUCGAGAUUCAGUCCCGCUUCCCGGGCAUCGCCGUAGCCUUCAAAAGCCGCCAGGCCGGACGGACCAUCCUGAACGACAUGUGCGCCUACCUGGACGAGAUGCAGCGCGACGGCAUAUUCGGCGAGGAGCAGCACCGCGAAUUGUACGAGGCAGUCAAGAUCAACACGCUGAGCAUUAUCUGCGCGCCCAACAGCCUGCCAGCCAGCUACAUGCCCAUAGCGGUGCUGCGUGUCAUCCCCUGGAUCGACUCCGACAGUGUGCGACAGUUCCUCGCGAUGCAGCUUCGCCCGGUGACCUUCCCGGCGGAAGAAGUUAUUGUGGAAAGGGGUUGCGAGAGUCCCAUUAUAAUCACCUACUCCGGAAUAGUCAAGGUGGAGGGCGUCGUAGAACCCCGAAACGACGGGGCGCUACCCAACGCGUCGUCGUCGCUCUUCUUCUUCAGCGACGAAUACUUCGAGGACUACCUCGGGGCCCCCUUCACCCUUGGCACGUUGGGCUUGGUGAGCGACGAGCCCACGGCCACUCGCGUCUCCUCCGAGACCACCGUCAGCGCAUACGUUAUCCCCAGGAGACGCGUCAUGGAGGCGAUCGAAAUCUUUAUCAGCCCCCCGAGCUUCCUGUACCAAAUCUGGCACUUCAUUGCCAAUAUAUUUGGCGUUCUUAUUCUUCAAACGCAACCAAAAUACCAGACGUGGCCCCUGGACAAGAUCAAGCUGCGCCUCAGUUCCUUGCUUCUGCCGGACCUGUCGGCAGCGCACGAUUUUCAUCGAAGCCCCGAUAUCGAGGACAUUGUGCUCGUGCAAGGCUCACUCGUGGACGUCAACAGCGGCGACCUGUACGUUGCGCCGGCCUACAUCCCGCGCAGUGUCAAGAGGUUCAUUUUUCCGGGCGACUUUUCGAGUCGUCCGAGGCCCGUUGUCAUCGUGGUGGCAAACAAGCACUACAGUCUUCCGCUCGAGUUUGACUGGCUCAAAAAAAUGCCCACGGAGGAGGAACGGCUGGCCGAGGUUGAAGCCAGUAAACAGACGUGGGUGACGGCCGGGCACACUGCCUCGACGGUGUGGGUGGACAGCACUGUGACCUCGUCCCACGACGCCUUCAUGCGAGGUCUCACAACGGGCCUGAAACAGCCGUCGGGGAAGGGCCAGCGCCUCAUCGUUACGCAUAUCGGCAGCGAAGAUGGAUUUGUCCCUGGGUGCCUGGACGUCUUCCGCGGCAAAAAAACCGGCGACUACCACGAGGAAAUGGAGGGCCCUCGGUUCGAAAAGUGGUUCGACGAUGUCCUCCAAAAACUGCCGAGGGGCGUGUCAUCGUAA